AUGGAUAUCGUUUUAGAAGUUUGCGAUUACUACUUUUUAGACAAGGUCUACGCUACUGUUUUGCCAAAAGGAGGAUACGUUGACAAUUUGAUACAAACAACGCCAUUGCUCACAACGCUUUCGAAUUUUAAGCUUUCAAAUGUAUUCAAAACGCCAUUACUAGAAUCGUUUGUUUCGACAAACAACUCAUUUGUUCAGGAUGCAAUCAACUUUAACACCACGAGUAUCAACACCUCCAACUUGCCCACAUACCUCUUGAACAAGGCUUUAAACUUUCAAAACAAGCAAGAUGUAUAUGGACUUGCACCCAAAUUCUUACCUGCAAGUGAGUACAUCUCGAGUUCCAUCUUGGCAAGAUCAAAUAUACUCAGAGAAGCAUUGAGCAUACUAGUCGUCACCACAAUAUUUGGAUGGCUCUUGUACUUUAUUGUUGCCUACCUCAGUUAUUUGUUUGUGUUUGAUCGCAAAAUAUUCAACCAUCCAAGAUAUUUAAAGAACCAAAUGGCAUUGGAGAUCCACCAAGCAGCAACUGCAAUCCCCGUGAUGGUGGCUUUGACCAAUCCCUUUUUCUUGUUGGAACUCAAUGGAUACUCGAGCCUUUAUAUGGACAUCAACGAAUGCACUGGUGGCUGGAAGGCUGUAUUGUUUCAGAUUCCAACAUUUAUCUUAUUCACUGAUUGCUUAAUCUACUUUAUCCACAGAUGGUUACACUGGCCAUCCAUUUACAAGAGAUUGCACAAACCUCACCACAAGUGGAUUGUAUGUACGCCAUUCGCCUCCCACGCGUUCCACCCCGUUGACGGAUGGGCUCAGAGUUUGCCAUACCACAUUUAUCCAUUUUUGUUCCCAUUGCACAAAGUGUUGUACCUUUUUCUUUUCACAUUUGUCAAUUUCUGGACAGUGAUGAUCCACGAUGGAAAUUAUAUGUCCAAUGACCCCGUGGUUAAUGGUACUGCAUGCCACACUAUCCAUCACUUGUAUUUCAACUACAACUAUGGGCAAUUUACCACACUUUGGGACAGAAUUGGAAGAUCGUAUAGAAGACCCGAUGACUCAUUGUUUGUUAAGGAUGAGAAGCCAGAGGAGAUUAAAAAGGAGUGGAAGAAACAAGUGUGUCAAAUGGAGGAGAUUAGAAAUGAAUUGGAAGGAAAAGUCGACGACAGGGUAUAUGUUGAUCAAUAG